AUGUUUAAAAACAACCAUGCCGCACGUAACGAGAUGUUCGCAUGGUGUGCGAAUAAUGAAAUUCGAUGGAAAUUCAUUCCGCCACGCGCACCCCACUUCGGCGGAUUGUGGGAAGCCGCCGUAAAGUCGGCCAAAUUUCAUCUCCUCAAGGAAAUCGGAAACCACUCUCUCACUCGCGAGGACCUGAUAACGUUACUCGCUCAAGUCCAGAUGAUGUUAAAUUCACGGCCUUUGACACCUAUACCAUCACAGCCACAAGACCUAGAAGCCCUGACACCAGGCCAUUUUCUGAUUGGCACCAAUCUUCAAGCCAUAGUCGAGACCGAUCUGAAGGGAGUUCCAGAUAACAAACUCACACACUGGGAGUUGACACAAAAGCGUUUCCAGAGUAUAUGGGCACGUUGGUACCCGGAAUAUUUACAACAGCUACAAGCACGGGCUACUAAAGCAUACCGAACACCUACCGAUAUUCAGAUAGGGCGAGUUGUCAUCAUUAAAGAGGACCACGUACCACCUGUCCAGUGGCCGCUUGGACGGAUUAUCAAGACCCACCCAGGAAAAGACGGAAUAGUCAGAGUUGUCACACUGAAGACUGCGAAAUCGGACAACGUUGUUCGACCUGUCGCGAAACUUGCUUUGCUGCCCAUCCCCGACAAUCGUUAUCAAUCAGAAGCUGCCAUUAGGAACCAGUAG